GUUUUAGUAUGUAUAUGUUAAAAGUGAAGAAGAAAUUAAGUUAUAAGUUAUAUCUAAUAUUCUGAUACUUGUCAAAAUAAAACUUUCAUUUUCAAAAAAUUUUCUGUUAUUAAAAUGGAAGAAGCAGCUUUACGUAAUUUCAAAGAUUUUCUUCUACUAUACAAUAAAAUGACAGAAAUGUGUUUUAAAAGAUGUGUUGAUAAUGUAAAUAGUAGGACAUUGGAUGGACAAGAAGCAGAGUGUAUUGAAGAUUGCUCUUCAAAAUUUAUUAAAUAUAAUAACAGACUAAUGCAAAACUUUGUACAUGUUCAAACAGAAUUGGUAAAUAAACGAGUUGCAGAGGUCGAGAAACAGCAGUCGAAUUUAGAGGCAUCUUAGAUGUAUGUGUAUCUAUGAUUUAGAAUUAUUUUUAAAGGUACUAGUUGAGAUAGAUAAUGAAAAUUGAAGAAACUGACUCCAAACCCACCAAUUUCCUAUGAGAAACUUCAAUUGAUAUAUGACAAUCAUCAAUAAAUUCAUUAUGUUUUAUAUUUAGUGCCAUAAUGUGAAAGCAUUUUUUAAAAUUUAAAUAGUAAAAUAAUUAAAAUAC